AGGUUCGAUUUUCGAAGGAACGAAGGAAGAUCGGAAAGGGUUCACCAUUCAACCACRGCUUUCACACUCUGGCGUUGCGCUGAAUUGAAUCCAAGUUCUGCGACAAAAGUCUUUCAGCGGCGAAGCAGAACCCAAACAAAACACAGCGCCCGCUCCUUCCGACGCGUCAUGCCAAAACGAAACGGGACCGGACCCCCCCCGAAACACGGCCCGCGGCGGGAGUGGAUCCUUUUCACGGGCCAGCCCGGGUGCGGCAAGACCACGGCGGUCAAGGCCGUCGUGGAGGCCCUGGAAGCCCGGGGCCGCACCUGCAGGGGGUUCUACACCGACGAGGUCCUGGACCCYUCCACCGGCAAGCGGACCGGCUUCGACGCGGUCCGGGUCCCCCGGGGGGAGCGGGGGGUCCUGGCGCGGACGGCAGCGACGUUUCGGCCGGGCGCCGGCCCGAAGCAAAGACAGCACAAGACGGGGAAAUACCUCGUGGACGUGGAAUCCUUCGAGGCGGUUGCGCUCCCCGGCCUGGACCGAGCUAGGGCGAAGCCAGCGCCGGGCCAAACACAAGCGCCCUCCUCCUCUUCCGGGAAGAAGCGAGCGAGGGACUMCGAGAGCAACCCGCACCCACCACUGCCCUCCGGCACAGGAUGUGAAAACGACAACGGCAAGAACGGURAAGAGAAUACCGACGAGAACGACAGCGACACCAUCCUGGUGCUGGACGAGAUCGGCCGGAUGGAGCUCCACUCGGCGGCCUUCCAGGCCCGGGUCCGGGAACUCCUGGAYGGCCCGGGGAAGAACCGGCUCAUCGGGGCCAUCACGGCCCCGAUCUACGGGCACCGGGUCCCAUUCUGCGACGAGGUUGCCGCGGAGGACGGCGUCGAGGUGCACAAGCUCACCAAGAAAACCCGGGAAAAGAUCCUGGAGGAGGUUUUGCGAUCGAUCGAUCGAAAGGGGUGGUGAGACGCGAAACGACGCGAAACGAAAGUUAGCGGUGGUGACCGAAACGCAACAAAGAUCCGCCGCGUUGGUUCCGACACGCCACGCGGUGCCAAAAAGCAAAACCAAGGCAGACAACCCCCACCGAGGCAAGAAGCGUCAGAUCGAACACAACCCAACCCAACCCAACCCAUCCAAAGAGUAUAUGCAAAUACCGAUAAGAACUUUAUGACUGCUAGGUUGGAAGGAUGCCAUGUGUACGGAAUCAAAUGCAUCAAACUCGGCGGACUGCAGGAAACAAUGGAAGCAACCGCAUCUUUCUCGUMCAUCCACAGGCUGGCCAGCUCUUGUUCUGCAUUGCACCAUAGUACUACUUUGCUAAACCAUUUUGAGUUGUCAUGGUUUCGUGGGAUGAAAACUCGCAUACAAACUGCUACCCCGAAAAGUCCAAAGAACCAAAUCAAAACUAUAAAGAUGA